AGAGAUUAUUUCUUUAAAUAUAUCGUUUUCGAUUUGUAACCGAUAAACUCCAUAAUAAAAUUCUUCUAACAGUAAAUGAAAACGACAUGCCAGGAGCCAUAUGUACCUCAACUGCUUACUUCCACGAGUAUAGCGGAAGAGUUGUAUCCCGUAGAUCACAUGAUCUAGAUAAUGUCAGUUGCAGGAAUGUGUUAUCUCUUAUUAUGAUGUGAACGAGAAGGGUGUUUUGAAAGUCCUCGGGCUAGUAGGGGAAAGAUGGCCGGCCAGAAAAGUUUAGAAGAUGCGGUUGUCAUUCAGGAUCAGGAACUACUGCACAAGCUGCUAGACAGUAGCCGCAUGGAUCCACAGGACAGCCGCAGUGCAUUUUUCAUGGCAUGUCUACUGGAAAACGAAAAUUGCACUGUUGCCUUGCUGCAUGCCGGAAACUCUGCUGACAUGGUAAAUGAAGAAGGAUACACACCUUUAGCAUUAGCAGCAAAACGGGGGUCCGUCAGAAUGGUGGAACUUCUUAUACACUGGGUAAGCAACAUUGAUCUGACCAGUGGUCCGCUACUUAACACCCCACUCCACAAUGCUGCAUCUGAAGGCUACGUUGAUUGCUGUCAGUGUCUGAUAAAUGCUGGUGCUGAUGUGAACUCUGUGAAUUCGGAGAAUGACACUCCUCUAAUCUUGGCCUCAUUACAUGGUCAUCUUUCCGUAGUGAAACGUCUCUUGGCUUACCAUGCAUCUGUCAGACGACGGGGCUAUCUGGACCGGACUGCACUGCACUGUGCCACAGAAAGUGGUCACCUGGGAGUCUGUAGAUUCUUGGUGAGUGCUGAAGCGGAUUUGGAAGAGGAGGACACCUUCGGUAAUACGCCAUUGAUCUGUGCAGCAGAGAAAGGAUAUGUAGAACUAAUUAAGUUGUUCCUGGUCAAUGGGUGUGACAUUAACAGAAUGUGCCACAGUGCUGCAACGGCCCUGCACUACACAGCACAGCACGGGGAUACCACCUGCUGUGGUGUGUUGCUUCUGAAUGGGGCGGAGAUCGACGCCCAGGACAUUCGACGCUUCACUCCUCUGAUGAUGGCUGCUAUGAACGGGCAUCACGAGGUGGUAAGGAUGAUGAUCAAUUGGAAGUGUAACGUCAAUAUGGUGUCCUACAACAAGCGCAGUGCCCUGCACCUGGCGGCUGAGCGAGGACAACUCAAGUGCUGCAAGCUGCUGCUCGAUUCAGGAGCCAAUAUAGACAAUCAGGACUUUCUCGGGUGUACGCCGUUACAUAUAUCGGCCCUGAAGGGAAAUCUAGCAGUAAUGAGGUUCCUAAUAUAUCAGGGCGCUGAUAUUAACAAGAAACCCAAUAACUGUAACACCCUUCUUCAUUAUGCCGCGUCGGGUGGAAACGUUAUUUGUUGCAAUGAUCUGAUCGAAAGGGGGUUUGAUCUCAACGCCCGUAACAGGGAUGGCAUUACACCGUUAAUAAGCGCGGUGACAUCAAAGCAGGUGCAAACGACCAAGUUCUUUCUUGAUGCUGGAUGCCAGGUGAAUAUCCGUGGUUUGCAUGGGAUGACUGCCGUCAACGAAGCUGUUUUCACCAAACAGCCGAGUAUUGUGUCGGUGCUCUUGAAGUAUAAUGCAAAUCCAAAUAUUGAAGAUGAUGCAGGAACGCUACCGCUAUGGUUCGCAGUGGAUAUGGAUUUUCCACCUUUGGACAUUGUGAAACAGUUGAUCAAGGCCGGCAGUAAAUUGGAUGCACGGUCCACGCUUGACGAUCCUUGUGGCCCGUGCAAUCCGGUCGAGCAUGCUGUACACCGAAACAAAACGGUCAUUAUAACUUGGUUCGUUGCUUCUUACUGUGAAGAAGCAGCCAACACCUUACGCAAAUGCCUGCGUGCCGCCGAGACCCAGCCCAAGGUCUGGCAAUCGACGAUAAUAUUUGUACGGAAUUUAGUGAGCACACCGCAGUCUCUUCUUGCAAACUGCCGAAAAGAAAUAAGGUCGUGCGUCAUCAAGGGUCACAUAAUACCGGGAACAUUCUCACAGCUGCAUGUUCCACAGAUGUUGAAGAAUUAUCUCGAUUUCAGUGAUUUUGAAGGGUCACAGUGUUAAACUUGUGUUCAUUUCAACAGUCUAAAACAUUGCAUUGUCUUUUGCAGAAAGCUGCGAAGAAACGCCGGGUACAUUACAUAAUGUUUCCAAUGCAGCUAAAUUUGUGUGUUUGUUUGUUUGUGUGUUUUCCAAGAAUGUGGUGAAUGCUCCACAGUCUUAAGACUCUAAAUGCAUACGUGGCAAAGAUACAUGCUAGAAAUAUUUGGUUUCAGGACCAGCAAGAUGGAUGUUACAUAACUGUGCCCUGAUUUCAGUCAUUAUAAUGACAUUCAUGCAGUAUUAACUGGAUACUUAUUGGCAACAUUAUGUGCAAUAAUAAAAUAAUAACGUGAUAAGU